UGUCUCAGUCUUGCCACUCCCUCACAUAUAAAAUGUUCAAUGAGUCCAACAAAAGACCGAUGCAAAAAAGAAUUAAUUUGGACCUACCUACCGUGAAUAUAAAAGAUACGAGCCAAUUUUUAAGGGUGCUUGGACAGUUGCCUUAUCGUGCUCACAUGUUUGCGUUAAGAACACAAUUUAUGUAUCUCAUAGGGCACUAGGCCAGCAUAUCGUACCGAUACAGGUACUGUAUAAGAGAUACACGGUACCGUAAAAUGUGUCACCUACCCCUUGAACUCGUCUCUGUCAACGGUUUAGUAGUUUGUCUCUGAAGACUUUUCUAUUUGGCCAAGAGCCUCCACAUUUUGGUUUAUUUGUGCCCGUGUGGCCAGGCCCAGAGAGAUUGACCAGGAGCUUUCCUCAUCCAUCCUGGCCAUGGAGAUUGCCAUAUCUGCAGUUGCAGGUGAACUCGUGAGCCAGUUCAUCUCCAUCCUGAUGAACAAGUACCACAACUCACUGAGACAUACACAAUCAGAGGAGAAGGUGGUGGAGCUGGAGAGGUUGCAGCACCUCCUGAUGAGAGCUUCCACCAUCAUCGAGGAGGCAGACGCUCGAUACAUAACCAACUCCGGGAUGAUGAUGCAGCUCAAGACGCUUGCAGAGGCCAUGUACAGAGGAUACCGCGUGCUGGAUAACUCGAGGUAUGGAGCCCUCCAAGACGGUGCAGGCUUCGACGAGGUCAGCAGCAAUAACUCAUCUAGCAGCAGCUUAUAUUUAGCCAAGCGUUCUCGAACAACAACUGAUAAGGCCACGCGCCUCGAGUCACAUGGUGCCUUGGAAAGCUUAGAAAUCGCUGUUGCUAAUAUGGCAGAAUUUGUUGUGCUUUUGGGUGGAUGCGAGCGGAUGUCUCGUAGGCCUUACGACGUUUAUCUCUACAGUGACAACUUCAUGUUCGGCCGAUAUGCCGAGAAGCAAAAGCUCUUGAGCUUUUUGUUGCAGCACAACGAUCCUCCAGCUGGUGAUCAUGCACUGGCCAUUCUUCCAAUCAUAGGUGCUGCUGCAGUUGGGAAGAAAACUUUGGUUGCUUAUGUGUGUGGCGACGAAAGGGUCCGCUCACGCUUCUCAACUAUUUUGCACUUGAAUGGAGACAACCUUAUGAGUAUACUUGACGACCAUGGAAGGAUCACAUUUGGGAUGGUGUUGGUAGUUAUUGAGUUUGCUUCUGAUGUAUGUGACGAUGAUUGGAGAAAGUUUCUCUCAUUUGUCAUAAGAAUGGGAAGAGGGAGCAAGAUCAUCAUCGUAAGUAGAAUUACAAGAUUAUCCCGAUUUGGAUCAGUGAAACCGAUUUUCCUAAGUGUUCUGUCUUACGAUGAGUUGAGGUACCUUUUCAAGACGCUGGCAUUCGGAAGCACCGACCCAGCACAACAUCCACAACUAGUACAAAUAGCAGAUGAAUUUGCCAAGGUGUUGCACAGCACACAAGGUUCACUUGUCUCUACCAAUACAUUCGCGGAUGUAUUGAGAAACAACCUUGAUAUUCAGUUUUGGUGUUGCAUAUUGGACAAGGGGAUAAGAAUGGUUAAAAGAAACCUCUCCAUAUACGGUGUGCACCCAACCACGCUUAUACAGCAAGGCCAUCCAGUGGACAUUACAGACUUUGCUUCCCAUUCACUUAGCAUGACACGCUAUACAAUUAAUGUUUCAAUCAAGGAGGAAUUGCCAAGCGUGACAUUAGGGGAACUUCUAACUGAUCCUAGCGUCAGACCAAAACAAGACUUCAUUCUAAUUUCAUGGGUAUCAAGGAUGGCCCCUCACAAUUCAUUUGCUCAUUUGGUUACAGGUCAUGCUCAGGAUAGACAUGAAGGUAGGGCCUUGGCAGGGAGAAAGCGACGAGGGGUGGCAAUCUAGUUUUCUCUCAAAACUCGUGUAAUGUAACUAUUGUUGUAUUUAUUUUAUACCAUUCAACUAAAUUUAUUAGAGAUCUCAGUAUCGUUGCUUGUUAUGGAUCGGAACGAGUAUGCUAUAUCAAAUCGAACAACCCCCCUUCACUUCUUAGAUAACCAACAAAAUCAUCUAAAGUGGCAGUCCGCAGUCCCUACUACGUACUUUCAGUAGCUCUAACUAGCUAGCCUGAACAUGGUGGCUAACUAAUGAAACCGAAAUUAAACUAACAAGAAAGAGGUCUACGCAUCAUCAAUUCAUCCGCAUAGUUCUCCUAUGUCUUUUUGUUACUGUUUAUACCAUGUUAGCGUACAAGCUUGCAAUCGACAGACCAACAGUGUACUAUAAGUGUAACUCCAUGCUACCAUUUCCUCCAAUCAAGCAAUGCUGUUUAUAAAAGAGGAUGAAGCUCUGCGUUGUAAUUGUGCAUUUGUGCUGUGUUGUGGACAUGUUGCCACGCUCAUUGGGCCGCAGUUGGAGGUGUGACGGGGCGACUCCACCUGGGUGUUGUGCCUAGAAAUGGAAAUGAUUGAUGAAGUUGUUCGCUGAUUAUCAGUGGAGAAAAAGGUCCUCUGGGAUCCAUGGAGUCCCCCUAGUGCUCGUUCAGUAGCCAAGUUAACAGGUUGAUAGAACAAUGACACCACCGUCUUCCCCUCUUCCAUGCAUGUCCCAACGCCAUGAGCCGUAUUUGAACCUGUUUGGCAGUUAGUGGGCUGUGUAGUUGGCCCAUGUGGCCAUAUGCCGAUAUGUACCUGUUAUGUAUAUUCCCACUAAAGAGAACCCUAGAAACUUAGAGAGAACAGAAGGUUAGCCUCCAUCUCUUCUUUCUACAUUGUGUCAGAGAAAUUUGAAAACAGAUGUGCCAAAGGCAUCGUGAAUUGGUGGAACGUUGCCUUGACACACUGUUUGUUCAUAUAGUUUUUUGGAAAUUUAAGAACAUUUUGUCCGAGUUGAUUUCGUUUUAGUAAGAACAAUGAGGAAAAAAAAAUCUCUGAUCAAAUUAUUGAAAACCUGAAAAGACUAGAGAAACUGGAACCAGAGUGGUGCGCCACAGUGAGUCAGCACGGGGAACCCUCGGCAGCGGGUACCCAGCGCUUGGUGCUCCCUUUAUUUUCUCCGCGCUAUCGUCUGUCGAGUGCGGAUGUCGUUUCCUUGGAGUGAUAUCUUAAUGUUUACUUGGAAUUCUUAUAAUUAAAAUAUUGUUUGUACACUGAGAUGGUUAUCUAAUUGCCUUGUGCAUAUACAUAUUGCUUAGAUGAAAUAUUUAGGUAUGCCACAAAAUUACCUUUGCGUAUUGCAAAACUGCAGAUACUAAGACGAUGGAGGCACAGAUGGAGUAAAUCAGCGAAGGAAACUCGACCAGAAUACCAACAACAAGUAACUAAGGGUAUUGAAAUAGCGCUACUAUGCCAGAAGCAUGACCCCUAUAAACGACCUUUUAUAUCAGAAAUAAUGAGCAAAUUUGAUGAAAUGGAAAGUACGUAUAAUCACAGUAGGAAUGCCAAUGACUCGACAGUUUUCCAGGUAUAAUAUAGUCUGAUAUAUGUGCUUUCCUAGAAUCUCAAGGACCCUAACCAUAUGUAUACAGACGGUUUUAUAUAUACUUCUGCGUGUAACGGAAAUUAAGCAUAUAUACUUUGAUAUUCUCUAAUGAAUUAACCCAGAUACUCGUGUAUUUUCCAUCGAAGUAUUGAAAACAUUCCAUUAGUGAUUAGGGCACCUCGAAUCUGGCGCUUGGAAAGCAAAACAAAAUGUACUUUUCUUGCCACGUAAGAUAGAAAAAGUGCAAAUUUCUUUAGCACUUGCGUACGUAUACAUGCAUGUAUAGGAAUAAAGGUAAUGGCGUAAUGCAUCUUGAUUUUGUUUCCUCGCAAGCAUGCAGAUAAAUCCGCCUCAUUGGGAGGAUGACAUGCUUGUGGUUGAGCCGCUGGAACUACAGUUUGCUAAUCCUGAGCACAACGAGAAGCAGCAGAAACUAUCAUGUUCAGUUGAGCUAAGCAAUGAUUGUCUCAAGAAAAGGGAAGAGUUAUGCUCCCUCCGUUCAUAAAGAUUGACGUAGUUUUGAACUAGCAACGGACGGAGUAUUGAAGAGUUGAUUUGUAUGGCAGCAGGGACGAGGCCAACGCCAAUGCCUAUGGA